GGUAAUGGCUCUGAAGGGAAAGCUUUGGGGAGACUGCGCCUAAAGCUUAGAUUAAUAGCUUGCCAGUUUGAAACAUCCGCAGGGUCGGGGCUAUCGGAGGGAGACUGUUCUGUUCUUACCUCUCAUCCACACAGUUGUGCUGCCAGGGAUUGUCAGACACUCCCUCCCCUCUCCGCCAUUAUCACACUUUAGUCUGAGAGUAAGAAAAGAGGAGGAGCUGACACUAAAGUUUUGCCAAAGAAAAGAAGAGAAACACCUGGAGCUGUCUGGUACACUUUCAAGUAGUGAGGAGGUUGUUUCAGUUCAAUUUGAGAGAAAUGGCGUGAUAGACCGAUGAGGUCUAAGCUUUGCAAAUGAGGAGUGUGACAAGAGGUUUUUAAUUUCAUUGGCUCGUUUCUCACAGGAAACCAAUCUCUGUAGAACAACUCAUUAGCUGGCUUCCUUGGACGUCCCUGAUUUGGAGUAACCCUAUUUUUCCUUGUCAAUAAUUAAAGUCCCGCCAAGGUUGCUGAAUGAAACAUCAGCAUUAUCUUAUAAAGCAGGGGAUUUGUACCAAACUCAUAUCAGUGCUGCAUAGUUAUUUUGUUGAUAAUGUUAAGAUAGAAGGCAAUGUAUAAUUGAUUGUAUUUAUCCCAUCCCCUCCCUCUCAUUUUUCUCUUUCUCUCUGUCUUUUCCCCUCUCUCUAUAUCACCCUCCUCUCUCCCUGCCUCCUCCCCCUUCUCCUUCUGCUCCCCCUGUCUCUCUCUCCUCUCCAGGUAACAGUAUACUCCACUCUGCAGCAGACAGUGUUACCAGCGCUGUACAGAAGGCCAGCCAGGCGCUGAACGAGCGAGGGGAGCGGUUAGGCCGGGCUGAGGAAAAAACAGGGGAGAUGAAGAACAGUGCUGAGCAGUUUGCC